AUGGGGGCCUCAGUUUCCACUGCGAGAGGCACACAGGCGCUUUCUGCUCUCGCUGUCGCGACAGGCGCUGCGGCGAUUUGGUGGCUGACGCGUCCCAACGGAUGGGGUUCCCAGAAAACUGGGGCGUUGGGCGUAGGUCUGCCCAGUGAGGAGGAGACGGAGACGGCAAUGAAGGAGAUCUGUGAAGACUUUCACGCAAUUUUCACUGAACUGGCCCAGGUGUCGAGAAAUGUAAUUCGGGCAAUGCAAGACCAGGGCUUUCAGAAACCGGUUCCUCGGGAACAGGUCGAGGCAAUGCUAAUGCAACAAAUGUUUCGCGAACGGCUGACCGUGGCGGAGGCAGCGGUCCUUGCCCGGAAGCGGAUUUCCAAGGAAUCUCUAGAACGUGCAUGCGAUUUAUAUAAAGACAAGAAUGAGAGCGUGCAAGUAUACAUUGACGGCUUGAAGGCAAUGUACCGGGACGCAGUCGAUGGCGAGCUCCCCAUGCUUCCGGGAAUGACGCUGCCAGACGAGGUAACAGAGGACAAGAUCCUCCUUGUCCUGGAGCAAAUCCACAACGCUAAGCAGGCAAGAUUUCAAGAAGUGCUAAGGACCGGCACUGUUUCCGUCCGAUUGAAACAACUUCUAGACGAGAUGCAUACAGAAACCAUUAUGGCACUAAUGAACAAGCGAAAGAAGAUGGCUUCUCCGAAGCAGCAGCGUCCUGCUGCAGACUCUUGCAUCGCAGCAGCCUUGCACCCGAAGGUGGAAGAGACGACGGGAGAAGAGCUUCCGCUCCGACUGCAGAGCUGCGCCGACUGUGGCGGGUGCGUCGUAUGCUUGAUCUUGCGAGGCGAAGGCGGAGAAAAUGAAGCUGAUGUGAACCCGGGGGCAGGAGCAGACGGCAAAGAGGUGAAGGAGAAUGCGCCACGAGGAGGCAUACGCUCCUUGCGGGAGCUAGGCGAAUUCUGUGAGGCUGUUGAUGAAAUGGACCAUCAGGACAUCUCGUUUGUCUACCUAACCCACUUGGAGGCGCGGAAAAUGGAGGCAGAGGCAAUGAAGACAGCUGCUUCAAAGGCUGAAGAAGAUGGCGCAGCCUAUGUAUUUUUUCAAGGUGCAGACCUCUAUACGGCGGCGCCGACGUUGGCUGAUCUCGUACAGACGGUCCAGAAGGAGAGAGAGAAGUUCUCAGCACGACGAUCUGAGGAUCCACAAGGAGAAGAAAGAAAUGUUCCAGCAUGCGACUCGAGAUCGUCACCUGCAGGGACGAAUGCCCGCCGCAGUUCCUUAUCGGCACCAGGGACUGAAGAGCCGUGCAAUGCGCAAACGACUGAGGACGCUGAAAUGAUGCCCUCUGCUAAUUCAGUGGACAUGUCGUGCCCAGCCAGCGAGGGAGUUGGCGUCAACGGAGUUACGUUGAAUGGAGGGGGGAGUAGAAAAACCAGUAUGACAUUGCUGGCUUGA